UUUAGCUCAACAGUCAAAAAUCAUUGACACUAGCCUAUGUGUAUCCAGCAAAUAUUAGUCCUCCUAGACCAGGGAGCUUGGGCAAAAAAAAAUGUUUUUUAACAGUAAAUUUGUCCUUGAUAACAUAUUAAGUAGUCAAAGAGGUGUUUGUAACAUUAUUAGAGCUUCUUAUUGCAGGUGGGUUAACACCACCAAUCAAGAGGUCAUUCUAACAGAAAGCCUGGAUCACAAAACCAUCACCCUAAAAAAAAAACAUGCCUUUUAUAUUUAACACACUCUAAAAUUCAGUCAAAAUAUGACUAAAGGCCCUUGCCAUAACUGAUGUAUUCUCCUGGCUAACACCAAAUAAGUGGGAGCCUGGUUACAAGUCAGCCUUCAGGGACUUGUCACGUUUCUACUUGGUUUCUUCCUUGUUACUGUCACAAUAAAAUGUUUUCUAUGCUGUUUAGUGCAACUUAGGCACUAUUCUCUAGAAUUCUCCUCUACUAUUCAGGCCACUCGAAUAUGCCAAAUAAUUGAGCUCAAAAUGGACAUCAUGAUAUAAAGGAAUUAGUGACUAAAUAUAUUUCAUACAUGGUAUUUUUAUUGAUUUAUUGUGCUGUCUUGACCUGGUUUUGAGGCCUCGGCUAGAGGCUAGUCAGUUCCUUUCUUGAGUUGCUGAUUAAAUCCACACCUCAACCACUUCUCUUAUCAUGGCCUCACACAUGGGGGCCACUAUGUACCCACUCCAAUCACCACAGGGCCAGACAUCAGACAACUAAGGACAGCGCCCAUGUCCCAAAGCCCGCCAAAAUUAUGCAAAUUACUCAAAUCUAGCUAACCCCACCCUUUUUGCGAUACAUAAGCUGCCCCUUCCCCUCCCACCUUGCAGUACCCGGUCCUCAGGAGCAACCCACUGCAUGGCCCUCUGUGGCAGCCUUCCCACAUUCAGAGCUGUUUUCUGCAGAGGUAGUGAAAAGCACUGGAUUUUCAAGCUCACUUUGGAAGAGGCAAAAAGAAAACUCAGUAGAAGAUAAUGGCAAGUACAGACUGGGGAUAUGAUGGCAAAAAUGGUCCUGAACAAUGGGGCAAGCUGUACCCCAUUGCUAAUGGAAAUAACCAGUCCCCAAUUGAUAUUAAAACCAGCGAAGCCAAACAUGACUCUUCUCUGAAACCUCUUAGUGUCUCCUACAACCCAGCCACAGCCAAAGAAAUUAUCAAUGUGGGACAUUCCUUCCAUGUAAAUUUUGAAGACAACGAUAACCAAUCAGUGCUGAAAGGUGGUCCUCUCCCCGACAGCUAUAGGCUCCACCAGUUCCAUUUUCACUGGGGCAGUAAAAACGAGUAUGGUUCAGAACACACAGUGGAUGGAGUCAAAUAUUCUGGUGAGCUUCACAUAGUUCACUGGAAUUCUGCAAAGUACUCCAGCAUUGCUGAAGCUAUCUCAAAGGCUGAUGGUUUGGCAAUUAUUGGUGUUUUGUUGAAGGUUGGUGAAGCAAACCCAAAGCUUCAGAAAGUACUUGAUGCCCUCCCUGCAAUUAAAACCAAGGGCAAACGAGCCCCAUUCACAAAUUUUGACCCGUCUACUCUUCUUCCUUCAUCCCUGGAUUUCUGGACCUACUUUGGCUCUCUAACACAUCCUCCUCUUUAUGAGAGUGUAACCUGGAUCAUCUGUAAGGAGAGCAUCAGUGUCAGCUCAGAGCAGCUGGCACAAUUCCGCAGUCUUCUAUCAAAUGUUGAAGGAGAUAACCCUGUCCCCAUUCAGCACAACAACCGCCCAACCCAACCUGUGAAGGGCAGAACAGUGACAGCCUCAUUUUGAUGAGUCAGAGAAAAAACUUGUCCUUCCUCAAGAACACAGCCCUGCUUCUAACAUAAUCCAGGAAAAUAAUAAUUUUUGAAGAAAUAAAUAUAUUUCCAUAUUAGCAAGACAGCAUGCCUUCAAAUCAAUCUAUAAAACUAAAAAACUUAAAUUUUAGUUCCUACUGCUUAAUUCAAAUAAUAAUCAGUAAGCAAGAAAAUAGUAAUCUGUGAGGAUAAGCUUGUGCUUAAAUUUAAGUUUAGUUUGUGGAAUUCUUUAAAAUUACAACUAAGUGAUUUGUAUGUCUAUUUUUUUUCAGUUGAUUUGAACCAAUAAAAUAAUUUUAUCUCUUU